AUGGCGCUUCUGCAUCGCAUGUCGGGAGAGUGUAUUAAGUCUGAGUUGGACUUAUUUACGGUUCCUCUGACGCAGACGGUUAUCGAGAAAAACGGCUAUUUAGAAGUAGCCCCUUUAUCUGCCAUUUCGGACACGGCCCCGCUGGAGUUUUUUAUAGCAGGGAACGGGGAUGAUUAUCUGGAUCUAAAUAACACAAUGUUAUAUCUACGUCUUAAAAUCACGAAGCGCAACGGAGAUGCCAUCGCAGACCCAGCAAAAGUAGCUCUGAUUAAUUACCCCGGAGCCACUAUAUUUUCACAAGUCGACGUGACCCUCGGGGACCGCUUGAUUUCUCAAAGCUCAAGUACGUAUCCUUAUCGAUGCAUCAUUGAAAGUUUGAUCAACUACAGCAGCCAUGCGCUGGAAUCUCUUUUCUCCGCGGGGUUGUUUUACAAGGACACGGCCGGUCACAUGGACGUGAAUGACCCCAUAGGACGCAACUUGGGAUUGCUGAAGAGAUCUCGCUACACCAGCGCUAGCAAGGUGGUGGAGCUGCUGGCGCCUAUUCACAGCGAUUUAUUCUUUCAGGAAAAACUAUUACUUAAUGGCGUCGAUGUCAAAAUACGUAUGACAAGAGCAAAAGAUGAAUUCUGUCUGAUGAGAUGUGACGAUGUAGAUUAUAAAAUAAAUAUAGUGUCAGCAUCCCUAUUUGUCAAGAAAGUCUCCGUAUCGCCGCCUGUGAGACUGGGACAUGCCCAGGCACUACUCUCAGCAACCGCCAAGUACCCCAUAGAUAGGGUGUGUCUAAAAAAUUUCUCCAUACCUGCUGGGGCACGUGUUUCAACUCAAGAAAAUUUGUUUUUGGGGACCCUGCCAAAAUCUAUCAUCAUAACCAUGGUCGACAAUGACGCAUUCACCGGGGCCUACGACAAGAACCCAUUCGCCUUUAAACAUUACGAUCUUGAGUUCUUAGCGGUCUACGUAGACGGACAACAAUUCCCGGCGAAGCCUCUACAGCCUAAUUUCACAGACGGUUUGGCCGUACGUGAAUUUUAUCAGCUGGCGAUGACGACUGGAAGACACCUUAAAAACCAGUCGCUCUCUAUCGACAGGAGUGACUUCCUGGAUGGUUACACGCUUUACGCAUUUAAUCUCACGCCUGACGAGGAAUGCGGACAACACAUCUCACUCAUCAAGUCCGGGAAUAUCCGCCUCGAAGCCCGCUUCAGACAACCGCUACCGAAUACAGUUAAUUUAUUAAUUUACGCAGUUUUUGACAGCAUCAUUGAGGUGUCUAACCGUAGACAGGUACUGGUCGAUUACUAUUAA